UGCUACACCCGUGAUCUCACUCACCCAGAAUUUUCGAUAGAAUAUAGGUUCUGUGGCCUACUCCUUCACUAGUAAGUUCAUUGUCGCCUCACUCGGCGGGUUGAUGGUCUGCCUGCACAUGGCCACGUGGGGAUCCCGUCAUGCUUAUAAACUCCUCAAACGCCAAAUCUCCCCGACUCUGAACCAAUCUCUACGAUUCAGUACUUCUUCAACCAACUGUGUACAGAUCUUCGCCAUUCCUCCUACAACAUCACUGCCAUCUGCAAAGAACAUGGUGGGCAGACACAGCCGCUCCUGUCCCCUCUUCGACACUCAUGACGGAGUGUGUGGAUGCCCCGAAUUCUGGAAGACUAUGAGGCAGUCGCAAACCGAACCAGCGCCGUCACUUCAGGAAGUGGCUAACACCCGCCAUGGCGGACUCAGCUCAAACGUGAACUCGAUGCCGCCUACCAACGCUACGAAGAAUCAGUUCGGAAGUCCUGCACCACCUGGUCCUCCUAAAGAGACGUGCUUCUUCUGGUAUCAUGGUACAUGCCGGCGAGGUGAGGCUUGCGAUCGACCGCAUCAACUUCACCCAACUUGGCCUAUCCCACCGCCUCCAGGCUUUCGUCACUUCCAACCUUGCAAGCUCCCGCUCUGUCCUCUUCGAGAAGAUCUCGAGGCUGCCAACAAGGCUCAAGAAAAUCAACAUCUCCGCCGCAGAAUGGGCGGACAAGUAGACGGCGAUGCAACCAGCCGCGAAACGACAACGGGUCGAUGAAGACAUAUGUCUGACCUUGGGGCCUGAGACGGAGGAACCACUGCUGCUUCAUGGUAUUGUCUCUCGUGGCUCUUCUGAU